AUGUUACUGUUCCCCAAAGCGCGACAGAUUAGAAGGCCUUUCUUGAUCAUCCCAAUUGUCUUGCUCAUACUCGUAAUCAUACACUCAAUCGAUACCUACAAUGUGGUGAGCCAAGUUACCUUUCGAUUUAAAACGCCAGGCUUGCCCAUUUCAUCAUACAGCAACAAACCAUUAACCAUAUUGCCUUCCAAUUUUGAUUCAAGCUCAAGAGUCGACUACCACACAACCAACAGCGAAAAUAGCGUUAUCCAGUUUAAUGGUAAUCCAAAUCCCGUGAAUUAUUAUAUUACAAAUCAAACCUAUAUACCACAUUCAUUUAGAUUAUUUGCGUCUACGGGAGAGUCUAGCUCUGAGAAUGAUCGUCACUGGACAACUUCCGAAGUGUGCAAAAACUUGAAACUCGAUAGAAACGCUUCAAUUACUGAAAGCCAUCUAAAAUUUGAAGAUGACUGGCGGCUCAUUGUGAAAACCUUGAUAAACCAAGUUGAGGAAGAGCAAGCAUUCAGAGAAUUGGGUGAGUUCUUCCAAGGUAAAUUGCCAGCAAUUCUAAAAUCUGGGGAAUUGAAUGAGAAACAUUUCUACAAAUUCGCUGCUACUUCUGUUUGGUUAGCUAAACACGGUGUUCACUUGAUGGUUAGCCGAAUCAUAUUUUCUCAAACUGCAAAAAAGAAUGAUCCGCAAGUAUCUUUACUAUAUGCACAAAUAUAUGAUGAAAAUUGGCAAGAAUUGAAAGCAGUUGAUUUAAUAGUACCCGUUGUGGAUGAAUUCGGUCAGCGAGAGUAUGUUAAUUUGCUGUUUCCUAGGUUUAUGCCCAUUCCGUUUUACCACAAUGCCAAAAAGACAAAGAGAAGAUGGUAUGGACCUGAAGAUACCAGAUUGCUUUUAUCCAGAAAUGAAUAUGGCGACGAAGAACCUAUUGUUGUGUUUAAUGCGUUCCAUAGACAAGUUAUCGAAACCAAAAACAAUGCAAUGAAUGACGAUGUGGUCAACACCAAGUACAAGUUCUUUAGAUCUAUGUUUAUGGGAUAUUUGUUUAGAUUUCAACGGGGGAAACAAAAUACCAACGGCAUACAAGAACCCAUAUACGAAAACAUUGUUUAUAACAAAAUAGUUGAGUUGAGAAUUGGGAACCAACCAAGACACGAGACCGAGAAAAACUGGACUCCCUUUGUAGAUCCACUGGAAAGAUCACCAGCAACCAGGAAUGGUGAUAAGCACAUCUAUAUUGUGUAUCAAUGGGACCACCUAAAAAUCCUCCGAUGUGAAUUAGCUAACCCAGGAGUAGUUUCUCAUUGUGAAGUUGUGUUUGAACAAGAUACCACUGCCAUAAAAGUUGGUCCUAUAAGAGGAGGAACCGAGCUUGUAUCAAUUACCCCAGCAAAAUCCAAUAAUUUGGAACAAGUAUGGAUUGGCUUCCUUAGGGCUCAUUUGAACAAGUGUGGCUGUGGAAAAGCUAUGUAUCGACCGAACUUUGUGGUUUUGGUAAAACACAAGAAUGGCAAUUUCAAAUUGUCCUACUUGUCAUCUUCUAUAUCGAUGAAUAUUGAUGUUGACGGUUGGAACAAUGGUCAAAUGCAAUGCGGUGAAGGUGAUCCUAAUGUCUUGAUCCCCAACGGUAUAUCAUUGUAUGAUCCAAAACAAGACUAUUUAAGCUUAACAUUAUCCGUUGCAGAUAAAAAUGAUAAUUUAGUACAUAUCCAAGGUAUACGCCAGAUGGUUGACAAAUUGGAUUUGAAUUGGAACGGUGCACCCGUGGAUAGUCGUCAGGUUGAUUGUGUCAUUGACGAGAGCAUUGACUUUUGUAAGAAAUAUGGUGAGUUACAAAAGGCACAACAAGUAGAGGUUGCAGGGGAAGGAAAGACUGGUGCUGACAAAGGUGAGUCCUUGCAACAGGAUGAGCACCCUAAUGAGGAUAAGCAGGAUAUAAUUCAGGAAUCAAAAGGAUAA